AUGGCCAUCCGUCUGGAAGUCUGCCUCGUAAGCGGGCGGACGAUCGCGCUUGAAGCUGAGCCAGGCGCACGGGUCGCUGCCCUGGCGCAAGAGGCUCAGGAAGCCCUUGGAUGCACGAAGGGGAACUUGCUGACAGCCUCCGGCACGUGCUUGGAUGCAGGUAAAACAGUUGCAGAAGCCGGCCUCAAGGCAGGUGAUGUUUUGACCUUCCACGCGCGGCCGGUGGCGGUGGCCGCCACGAUUGCCGCGUUUGCGGCAAUCCAAGGUGAUGGAUCUGCUUUCAGUUGGGGAGCGAUUGAUCACGGCGGUGACAGUUCCGCCUUUCAGAGGAUGCUGAGGCAUGUGCAGCAGAUACAAUGCACCAACUUUGCUUUCGCUGCACUCCUGAGCGAUGGGACUGUGCUAACCUGGGGUCAUGACGAAGGUGGUGGAAACAUGGGAGGGGUGCGAUCAUUGCUGAAGAACGUCCGGGAAAUUCAAGCGAAUGAGUUUGCCUUCGCAGCCAUCCUGGAUGAUGGCUCAGUGGUGGCUUGGGGUGAUCCAGAGCGCGGCGGCGACUGCAGCGAGGUUCAAGCGCAGCUGCACGAUGUGAGAUGCAUCCAGCGAACCAGCGCCGCUUUUGCCGCCCUCCGGGGCGAUGGCUCCGUGGUGCUUUGGGGCGGCGGGCGCGAUGGGAAUCCCGGCCCUGCGGUGAAGAUGUGCCUGACAGAUGUGCAGCACAUUCAGAGCAGCAAACGCGAGUUUGCAGCCAUCCGUGCAGAUGGCUCGAUGGUGUCCUGGGGAGCUUCUUACGAAGCGCCGAAGACGCUCUGCGGCGCACAGCAGGUGCAGGCGAGCGAUCGUGCCUUUGCGGCCAUCUUACGCGAUGGAUCCGCGGUGGCUUGGGGCGAUCCUGAUUCUGGUGGGGACUGUAGUUCUGUACAGGAGCGGCUGAAGAAUGUGCAGGCAAUUCAAUCAACCCGCUGCGCAUUCGCCGCGAUCCUGGGUGACAACUCUGUGGUGACGUGGGGCACUGGCGGCACCUUUCCUCCAGAGCCACUUGAGGAUGUGCGAUGUAUCCAGGCAUCCUCGCUGGCCUUUGCUGGAAUCUGUGGGGAUGGUUCUGUGGUGACCUGGGGGGGAGGCCGGGACGGUGGGGACAGCGCCGCAGUGCAGAGCCAGCUCUGGGGCGUGAAGAAGCUUCAGGCAACCGGCCAUGCAUUUGCAGCGUUGCGCGAGGACGGUUCGGUGGUGACCUGGGGAGCCGCCGGCAGCGGGGGCGACAGCAGCGCAGUGCAGCACCUGCUGCAGGGGGUGGAGGACAUCCAAGCCACGAGCGCGGCCUUUGCUGCAAUUUUGGUCGACGGAUCAAUCGUGACCUGGGGUGAUGCUCCCAGUGGUGGGCGACAGCUGCAGCCAUCAUGA